AUGAAAGAAAAUAAAGUAAAUGAUGAGGAUGAAACAAAAAAAUGCGGCACAAUAAAUAGAGGAAGCUUAUUAGAUGAUCAAUUCAAAGAUACUUUAUCAAAUAAAUUUCUAUUGUAUAAUGAUGAAAAUCAUCAAGACAAAGAAAAAACGUGUUCGCAAGAAAAAAUAAAAAAGGAAAAACCAAAGAUUGACAGAAGUUUAAUAGGCAAUUUUUCUGCAGAUAAAUAUAAAAAUUUCUUAUCAAAAAUUGAAAAAUCCAAUGAACAUAUCAAAAAUAUGAAUAAAGAAAGUGUGAGAAUCGACAAGGAUAUGUUUGAUCAGUCAUAUGAUAAUAUUGACGAAAAUUGUGUUGUUAUGGACGUAUCCAUGGGUAUUUUUGAUGUGUGCAACGAAAAUUUGAAUGACAAUGAACUUAGGGAAAAAAACAUUACAGUGUCUGAAGUUCCAAUUCAAGAACCUAAUGAACAAUGUGAACAAGAAUUGAUUGAAGAAUUAUGA